AAAACAGAAAAAAAAAAAACAAAUUAAAUACCUACUCUCCGCGGUGAGUGAGUGCAAAGACCAACAACCAACACAGUGAUGUUGGCCAAAUUCAUUGCAUUUCGUUUCAGUUCGACUCCAACAUUGCCAAAGUGAAAUUCUCUCACCAACUACCCCAUCAUCAUCGUCAGUAACCAAUUGAUUCAGCGGCGGGCAUACCGCUUUAUAUCGAUCGAUAACCGUUAUUGAUUGAUUAUUUUCUGUUCGUAUAUUCGUAAAAUAUUUCGUUGCUUUUGAUCGGCGUCUUUAAGCAAAGUAAAGUUAGUAAAAACGGACAAAAACAAAAACUAUUAAAACGGAUAGAGAUUAAACUUGAAAAGCCCACACAAUAAAGAUUUUCAUAGUGUAUGUGUGUAUAGAUGGAUAUGAAACCAAUUGGAUUUUCAUUAUUAAUAACAACCGUCCUCUGUGCAACCAUCUUAAUUGGGCAAAUAUCAGGAGAAGCUUUACGUUUGCCGGACCAGCAGAGCCCUGGUGAACAGCAGCAGGCACAGACGCUUAACUUCAAUCAUGUCCAACAGGUUUAUCAACCACAACCGCAGCAACAACCCCAACAACAGGCCCAGCAAACACCACCCAGCGGCGGUGAGGGUCGUUCUUCCAUAUUCGACAUAUUCGGUUUAGGUGGUGGUGAAAGUGAUCCCUAUUUGGCCCGAACUAAUUCCAAUUGUUUGACUGGCGAUCUAUCGGAAUGUUUUAAAAAUCAAGCCCUAUCAAGUUUUGAUGAGAUCUUCUAUCGCAAUAGUUAUCCCAGUUUAACAGAAUUUGCUCGCAUUGUGCGUCUGCCAGAGACACAACAGCGUUCAUUGUUGAGCGAGCCAUUUGAAUAUUCUGAGGAGCCACGCAAUGAUGACAGCGACUGGGAUCAAAUGGUGAAAUAUGCCCUAAGAAGGGCCGAAAGAUUUAUUAAAUCCACUGCCUUGGAAGUUGAAGUACCAGAAGAACUCACCGAAGCCGGGCGCUAUGAAGCACGUUUCAUUGGCAAUGACAUUGAUAGUGAAUUGGAUAUUAUUGAAGAGAAACAUGCUUCAACCUUGAAACGCAAGAAGUUGAAGAAAUUGAUCAUCCCCUUGUUGUUGGUAUUGAAAAUCUUCAAGCUGAAAUUGUUGCUCUUCCUGCCUUUCAUUUUGGGCAUUGUUGGUCUGAAGAAAGUUCUCAGUUUGGCUGCCAUUAUUUUGCCCGGUGUCUUUGCUUACUUCAAAUUCUGUCGUCCUCCUGGUGGUCAUCAAGGCGGUGGUCUGUUCUCUGGUUUAUUUGGUGCCAAGGAAUCGUUCACUCAGUAUUCGCCCCAAGGUGUUGGUCCAGCUACCUACUACCAUCAUCAUGAUCAUUAUGAACAUGGUGGCUACAGACCCGAACCUCAAUUCUCCAAACCCUAUGGAGAUUAUUACAGCAAGAAUUAUCAAGAAAGUGGUUCGGCUAACACGGUUAGCUUUGGUAAUGCCCAAGAUGCUGCUUAUUCCGGUUAUUAUGGCAGAAGUACUGGCAAAGAUAUUGAAAGUACCCAAAAGAGUUAAAUUUGAAGGGAGAAAAUGCGUAUGCGCAUUUUCUUUUUGUACUGGCCAUGAAUUUUGUUGUUAGUGCAACAUUUGUUAAUAAUACAUUGUUAAAUUGUUUUGCUUUGUUUAGAUCAUUUCUAUAUCAUAUUUAUUUAAUGUUGUUUUGAUAAACAUAUUUAUUUAUA